AUGGCACCCAAGAAACGCAUUCCAUCUUCCAUCCAAAGCUUGGAAGACCUUGCCGCCAUCAAGCAUGCAAUGGCCGGAGUAUUUCAAGAUGCCCAAUUGAACUUGACUAGUCAUAGAAAGUUGGUUGUUGUACUCAGAAAUAUUCAGCUUAGAGCUAUAGAGUUGGGUCUCCAAGGAUCUUUUAAUCUUACUUUUGCCAAGUUGAUCAAUUUGAUCUUGCCAUUGAAAAAAGGAGAAAAAGCCGCCGAUAGGAUUGCUAAGUUCAGUUCUGCGUUUGUAUCUGCCAUACUCAAAGAUGAGCAGAAGCAAAGAGAAGAAGACGGCAUGAAUGAUGAAGAUCAUGAUGAAACGCCAGGGUCCGAGUUUAUCGAGUUCUUGGUUCAUCAUUUAUUGAGAGGAACUGACGCAAAGGAUAAAAACGUUCGUUAUAGGGUUGUACAAUUACUAGCAUAUUUCGUUAAUUACAUAACUGAGAUUGACGAAGAAUUAUUCCAGGCAUUACAUUACUCAUUAAGAAACCGCUUGAAGGAUAAAGAAUCAAAUGUUCGAAUUCAGGCUAUUGUGGCAAUAUCAAGAUUUCAAUUUUUCGAAUUAGCAGAUGAUGAAGAAAAUGCUAAUGGCUAUAAUAAAAAGCAUAUGAAUUCUGCAACUAAGAGCCUUUUGACGGCGUUGGAAAAUGAUGACGUUCCAGAAGUACGUCGAGCUGCAUUAUUGAAUUUAGUAAAGAACUCAGAUACAAUUCCUUAUUUAUUAGAAAGAGCUAGAGAUGUGAAUUCUAUCAAUAGAAGAUUGGUUUAUUCGAGAAUUUUAAAAGAUAUACAAGAUUUUCGUGAAAUUGAUAUUGACCUCAGACAAAAAAUGUUGACCUGGGGUUUAUACGAUCGUGAUGAUAGCGUCAAACAAGCCACCAUUCGAAUGCUCAAUCAUAAUUGGUCAGAAGUAGUUGAAGAUGAUCUAUUAGAGUUGGUAGAAAACAUGAAGAUUGUUGAUAAUGAUGUUUCACAACUUGCAAUGAUGCAUUUAUUCGAAAAUAGGCAAGCCAAGUCUAUGCAUAUGGUCAUUAAUGAAAGUGACUGGAAGGAGUUGACCAUUGAAAAAGCUUUUGUCUUUAGAACUUAUUAUCAAUAUUGUAAAAACAACAAGUUGCAUGACAUAAUAGAUUCAAAUUUCCCGGAAUUGAGUGAAUUGGCUAAAACUUUGGAGAAAUAUUUAGAACUUAGGCGGAAAACAAUUAAUCCUAAAAAAGAGAUGCUCGAUGACUAUAAUAGCUUGAAAAGAGAUAUCGAUCGAAUAGAUGGGAUUAUAAAAGCCACUUACAUGCAGAAAAAUCAACUUCAAGUUGAAUCAAUUCUCUCCAAUGAUGCUGAUACCAGGCAGUCGACCAUUGCCAAAGUGAAAGAACAUGACAAUAACAUCACCCAAUAUUUUGUAAUAAAACAGAAAAAGAUGGAAUCGCUAAUGGCAUUGGACGAAGAGUACCAACCCUUCAUUGAAAGUUUGACUGAUUUAGAAUUUAUCAUUGAACAGAUAUUGUUAAUUAUUAAAGAGUAUGACUUUGAUGAUAUAGUUGGAAAUAGAAGAAUGUUACCAAUUAUUAGAAAUUACUUAACUAAUGGGGCAUUACCAGAGAAGCUAAUUGAAGUCUGUACUAAUAUUUUAAGAAAGAUAUCUACCAAUGAAAAUGAUUUUGCAAGUUUAUGCGUUGAAGUUAUUACAGAUAUUAGAGAUUCUUACCUGGAUGAAUUUAACGACAAUGAGUCAUUUCAUUCAGCAGCGUCAAAUCCUUACGAAGAAGAAGACAAGCAAAGCGAGAACGGUGAGCAACAGCAAGAAAAAGAAAACGACGAAAACGAUGAUGAUGACGACGAGGAAGAUGAUGAGAUGGUUCACUUCAGCAAAAAGAGAAGAACCGAUCCGGAAUUACCUUUUGAAGUUUUAAUACAAUGUCUCAUGAUAUUGAAGCAUUAUCUCAUAUUGUUAGACGGGCCAUCGUCUAAUAUCAAUCAAAAUGAAUCACUUGUUACUACGUUAAUUAAUCCAGGUAUUGCAAGUGAAGAUUUCAAGAUCAAGUGUUAUGCAUAUAGAUGUCUUGGAUUAUAUACAUUAAUUGAGAAGAAUGAUGCGGUUGAGAAUUUGAAGAGACUAGGGUACGUUACUAUAAGAGAUAUCAAUCCUGAAAAAUUGAAGAUAAUUGGGAUUGAAGGAGUAUUUGAUAUAUUAGCAACUUAUGGAGUGACAAUCUUAGAUGAUGAGCCAGACCAAGGAGGAGUUGAUGCAUUAUCCUUAGCAAGGUUAUUUUAUAAAUUAUUAAAGAAUCCAACUUUCCCUACUUUACAAGCAACAGUUGCUGAAGGAUUGUGUAAAUUAUUUUUGGCUGAUUUAUUAGUUGAUUUCGGUAAAGGAAAUGUUUCUCCAGAAGAUAAAGAUGAAAAAGAGGAUGGUCAAGCGGUUAUUGAAAACCAACAGGAAAUACAAUUAUUGGAAGGUCUAGUAUUAUCAUAUUUCCACCCGAAUAACAGUCAUAAUCAUGAGUUGAAUCAAACUUUAGCAUUUUGUUUACCAGUAUAUGCAUUUAGUCAUCCCAACCAUCAAGCUAAAUUAGUGGAGAUCAGUGGGGAUUGUUUAUAUCGAAUUUUCCGUAAUGAAGAGGAAGAUAGCGUUCAAACGCCAUCGGUGGUUAUUAACCAACUAAUCAAUUGGUGUGACCCAAACAAUGUUGUUAACCAAGAAGCUGAGAGAGUUAGUAAGUCAACCAACCAUUUUUGGCAGGCGAUUAAAUUUUUACAAGUGGUGGAACAAGAUUCACCCAAAAGAGUCAAGAAAGUUAUAAUUAGUAACUUGAAUAAGUUAUUUAUACGUGAGCAACUAGGAAGUAAUAUUUUGAAAGGAUUAGAUGUUGCAAUUGAAGAUACGAAAAAAGUCAUUGAAGAAAAUAAACAACAUGAUUUGAAUUAUUCAUUUGAUGCGAUUACCGAAAGAAACCUUGAGAAAUUCCAAUUAUCAAUCAAGGAGUUGAUCAAAAAGGCACAAGAUAUUGAGGUUAAUUUGAAGUUAGAAAAAGAGCAAGAAGAAAACGAGUUCGAUAAUUCAAGAUCUGGCGAAGAACACCAGGAAGCCACCGAUCAAAGUCCCGAGAACGAAGAUAACGAACUCCAUCCCUCGGAAGAUGCCAAUGAUUCCGAAAACACCAGUGAUUCCGCAGAUCUAAGCGACACCAAGGCCCAGGAGGACAACAAGCGAAACAAAGAGCUUGCUGAAAUAGACCAACUUCUUGCAAACGAAGAGAACAUCGAAUACGACGUCGACAUCAGCAUCGACCAACUGGACUCUGACCAAAACUAG